AGAAUAAAAUGAAAAGAACAGUGUUACGGACACUGUCAAUUUUGCAAAGAAAAGUUAGAAUGUGCAGUAAUCAGAGAGCAAGCACCAUUGGAGAUUGGACAUUCCGUAUAUCCCUAAUCAUAUUCGCAUUUAUUUGCGGAUUCGCCUGGUACACACGAACAAUAAACAUGUGGGCGAUGAAAAAUAUUGGAGACACAUUUCUCAGGAAGGAUAUUAAUACGCGGCAAAUUAUUCUCGGCAGUUUUUGGAGAGACGAGCGGGAGCAGAAUGUUGAUGGGCGGUUUGCAGUGAUACAUUUUCUUGGGGAUGGAAGGAUUGAGCAUCCGUUAUAUUGCUUUUCUAUUCAGGCGAAUAAUCGAUAUUUGAUCACAAAAGCCACUGUUCAACGUAUCCAUCGUGGAAAGCGAGCUUCAUCGGACAUUUGCUCCUGGGCAGGACACAUUGCAGAAUGUGAUUUGGAUGUUCAUGCUCUGAAAGAGUUCAAAAUAAGUACAACUCCAAACGUGGAAGAUGCCAUGCUAAUCACACCGGAGCUCCCUUUGAGAGAACCCCGUCACGAUAUGGUUGUCUGUAUGGCUCCAAUGUACAUCUACACCGACUGGGAGAUCCUUGUCACUGGAAUCGAACUAUGGCUUGCGAUGGGCGCCACGAAGAUCGUCGUUCCAGUGCAAUCGGCAUCCAACGCCACGUACAGAAUUCUUCAGGAGUACGAACGAAAGGGUCUUGUGAUAAUAAGAACAUGGCCUAAAUGGCCUAUAAUGUCAGACACAAAUCCGAAUGGAUUAGUUCUUUCGAGAGGAAUUGAAGAGUCUCAUGUCAAUUGUUUGUUCUUUGUGAAACCGUGGUCGGAUAUUGUAGUAUUCUCGGAUAUUGAUGAUUUCCUAUUGCCUUUGGAUCCAUCAACUAUUUCACCUGGAGAUAACUUACAGAUUUUGAAAAACAUUUUCGCCGAGCACCCUCAAGCCGGUUCCCUUCUCUUCGAGCAUCGCGAUGUCCAAUUUGUCCCUCCAAAUCGUCAAGGCGAUCAGAGUCUAACAAACUUUAAUUUCGAAUUCUUGAGAAGCUCAAAGAAUAAAAUGAACUGCAAUGUUUGGAGAAUGAAGACUCGAGUUGUCGUUAAUGCAAGCCGCGUCGACAGUGUAAACAUGCACGAGACAGGAAUCCAUAGGUUCGGCUACGUUCAGACAAGAGUUCCAUGCCGACAAGCCCACUUUUACCAUCUUCGUCAUUCCCAUAAUACUGUUCCAUCUCCAACACCCAUCAAUAUGUCCCCGUUGGCUGAUAUGCUUAAUAAACAAUGGCAAACUCGCGUGGAAGGAUUCACUGGAAUGAAAGAUGAAGUGUUGAAUAAGACGAACACAGAGUAUUUGGAAGAUUUUGAUAGGUGCAUGGGAGCUAUUAAUGACGAGCAUUGGACUAUGAAGGUAUCUCGAUGCCUAACCCCUCAUGUGUGCUUCAGUAGGUUACGCCGAGAAGUCGAUUGUGUUGCGGUAGCGUCUGAAUACGAGUUUUAUCGAUCUGGAAAGGGUUAUUUUAUGAAUCCUAUUAAUGUCCGCAUCCAGAAAGCAGAGGUAAACUGUGAAUCACCUGUGCCGCCAUUCACUUCUGGAAAUCAUUACUUUGCUCCAUAAUCCCGCAAACUCAUUUUCUCAUAUUAUUAUCAUUUUUUUUUGACACCAGCUCUCAUAACUCAACACUUUUUAUUAAACAAUGAAACUUGAUGAAACAC